UAUCUUCCAUCUUCCACCAUGUUAAAAAAGAUCCACCAUCCUCAAAUUUUGCUUCCCAGGUGUUCUUUUGGAAAUUGGUUCACUUGAUUCUCAUCCACACAACUCUGAACUCUCUCACUCGCAAGAUCAGCGAUGUCCGGUGUUGUUGCAGCAGCUUCCUCUUCCUCAUGCUCUGCCACCUUCUCUUCCUCUUCCAACCACCACUCCAUAAAAAAUUCUCAGCUCCCUCAGUACUCCAAGUCCAGGUCUCUCCUUAAUCCUUCAUCUCAAUCCCAGAAAACGUCUUUCCAGGGCCUUUCACUUCGUGAAGACAAAAGGUUUGUUUCCGAUUCCUUCUUUGGGGUUGAGAACACGAAAGGUUCUGCCAUUGCCAGAAGAGGGCUUGAAAUAGCAGCUAGAGCUGCUGGGGCUGCGAAGACGAUUGAGGUUGAGGUCGACAAGCCACUUGGCCUCACCCUGGGCCAGAAAUCUGGUGGCGGCGUUGUCAUCACCGGUGUGGAUGGUGGUGGGAAUGCAGCUAAAGCAGGGUUGAGAGCAGGGGACCAAGUCCUGUAUACUAGCAGUUUCUUUGGGGAUGAGCUGUGGCCAGCUGAUAAGCUUGGAUUUACAAAAACUGCCAUUCAAGCAAAGCCUGAUUCUGUCUACUUUGUUGUCAGGAGAUUUUCUUCAUUCCACCCUUUUGUGUUUUUAAGCUUAAAUGCAUCAAUUCUUAGAAGACUAAGAUUGGAUUUUCAAUUUCUUCAGUGGCUGGGAGUUGGGAGGCCUGAAAGCUUGAGCAAGUCAUCGUCUUCUUUCGUGGUUCAGUGGCUGUUGACAACCCAAGGAGAAGUAGUUAACAACCUCGGCAGUGCCCCUGGUAUCUCACAGAGUGAGUUGUCAGGGGCACUGCCGAGAUUGUUAACCAUUUCUCCUCGGGUUAUCAACAGCCACUAUUGA